AUGAACGAGCCUUCUCUUUUAGACGUUGCUCUCUGCGGGAACGUGGAGAUCCCUCUGCACAAAGGGAAGUCUCUGAGGAACACCCUGAAGGAGCAUGGGCUGCUGGAGGACUUCCUGAGGACGCACCAGUCUGAGUUCACUGAGAAGGGCUUUGGCACCGGCAUCGUGGCCAGUGAGCCUCUGACCAACUACCUGGAUGCUUGGGGUAGGACGGCAGAGAGACUGAAGAAGAGCCCUCCCUGUGGAGCGGGCACGGCCUUUCCUUUUCCCCCACUUGAUGACCCCCUUCUCAGUGAGUACUUCGGAACGAUCUACAUCGGGACACCGCCACAGGAGUUCACGGUGGUGUUUGACACAGGCUCCUCGGAGCUCUGGGUGCCCUCUGUCUACUGUAACAGCAGAGUCUGCCAAAAACAUCACCGCUUUGACCCGUCCAAGUCCUUCACCUUCCAGAACCUGAGCAAGCCCCUGUUUGUCCAGUACGGUACUGGGAGAAUGCAGGGUUUCCUGGGCUACGACACUGUCACAGUCUCUGACAUUACAGUUACCCACCAGACUGUGGGCCUGAGUACCCAGGAGCCAGGUGACAUCUUCGUCUUCUCUCCAUUCGAUGGCAUCCUGGGGCUGUCCUACCCUUCUCUCGCCUCCAAGUAUUCAGUACCCAUAUUUGACAACAUGAUGAAUAGGCACCUGGUCGCCGAAGACCUGUUCUCUGUCUACAUGAACAGGAAUGACCAGGGGAGCAUGCUCACCCUGGGGGCCAUCGAUCAGUCCUACUUUGUAGGCUCGCUGCACUGGGUGCCUGUGACCGUGCAGGGAUAUUGGCAGUUCACAGUGGACAGGAUCACCAUCAAUGACGAAGUGGUGGCUUGUCAAGGUGGCUGCCCUGCCUUUCUGGACACAGGCACUGCCCUGCUGGCGGGCCCUGGUGGAGACAUCCUCAAUAUCCAACAGGCCAUUGGGGCUGUGCAGGGUCAUUAUGGCCUGUUUAAAGUCAACUGCUGGAGUUUGGGGAUGAUGCCCACAAUUGUCUUUGAGAUCCAUGGCAGGAAGUUUCCACUGCCUCCCUCGGCCUAUAUCAACCAGGAACCGGGCUCCUGCACCAGUGGCUUCAAGUUUGGUUCCCAGAUGUGGAUCCUGGGGGACGUUUUUAUCCGGGAGUUCUACAGUGUUUUCGACAGGGCCAACAAUCGUAUUGGGUUGGCCAAGGCUAUCUGAUUAUACAACUACACCAGAUUGUGUUUUACACACACACACACACACACACACA